AUUUUUAUUAUUUCAAAACAGUGACUCACGUACAAAACACUAUUCUAGCAGAAGUGCAGAAAAUAUCAAAAUUUCAUCUUCACAGAGCGGAAAUCCAUGCCUCCAGUGCGUGCAUCGACAAGUACAAGGGGCAGACAUUCGAACGAAAGUGAAAUUCCACCCUAGAAAGGCUGGAGUUUAUUGAAAAUCCCGAAAUUCCUACAUGGUUGCUGCUGCAAAGCGUCUUCUAGCUACACAUUCCACUACGACGCAAACAGCGCAAGAAAAUGGAUCAGCGGGAUCGCCACCAGAUCCAGCACAACAUGGAUCAAUUGAUUCAGCACACCAAUUAUGGGGUCCUGAUGGCAGAGUGCGUUGGUCGGCAAAUGAUGUCCGAAGUGAUGAAAGCAAUUAUUGAGGAUCGCUAUCCAGAUGAGGCUUCGCGCCACAAGAAGCUGUUUGAAAAGAUUACCAAACGAGGACCGCAUGCGUUCGACAUUUUGGUGUCCAUAUGCCAGCGCAACUUUCCAACUGCCUAUAAAUUGCUCAAAAAUGGAAAUGUAUCUACCGUGGGUAGCUCGUCUCGAAAUCCCAGUCAGUUCGAAUUCAAUUCGACCUAUCACCCUAACCGGGUGCGCUCGAUCAGUGCCGGAGAUUACAGUGGUUCGGAAUUAUUGCGCCAAAGAUUGGCCAACUUGUCGAUCGGCUCGCCAUCGUACUCUGAGGAAGACGACGCUAAGAACAAUAACGAUACGGUGGAGGAAACCACGGAUAAGGGCGGUAUGCGACGACUGCAAGAGUUCGGCGAAAAGGUAAGAAGCCUUUAUAAGGUUGAGCUUUCGGCCCGACCUCAAAGCCACCGGAUUCUGGAGGCGUACGAGAUGAGGCGACGCAAUCGGGGGGUGGUCUUCAUCGUGAACGUUAUCACCUACAUCAAUGAGACGCACCCAACGCGGAAUGGUGCCGAAGCGGACAAGGACAACCUGGUGUCGCUGUUCCAGCAGCUGGGAUUUACCGUGUUCUACUAUGAGGAUCUGACCAGUGACGAAUUCAACAACCUGAUCAAAGAACUGAAGCAGUCCAGUUACCUAUCGACGGAAUGUUUCGUGUUCUACAUUCUAGCUCACGGCAACCACACCAAGGGACGCGAUAAGAUCUAUCUUAACGAUAAUUCCGUCCUAUACGUCGAAGACGUACUGGCCCUGUUCAACAAUGCCAAUUGCCCAAAGCUGAUACGGAGACCGAAGUUGUUCUUUUUCUCCAUCUGUCGCGGUGACAAUCCGGAUUACGGAACCCUACGCCUUGCGGAGCACACCGAACGCGACGGGAUGAUUAACUUGAAGAAGGAUCCCCCGACCAACAUGCCAACGUACGCGGACAUGUUGAUAUGCUUCUCGACGGUACCCGGAUACGCGGCCCACCGUGACAAGCAGUACGGUUCGUGGUUUGUGGAGAGUAUGUGCAAGGUGUGGGCCCAGCAUGCGCACGAUACGGAUGUCGAGCAGCUGAUGAAGCUGGUGGGCAAAGAUUCCAGCACAUAUCGGACUGAGCAUCAUAACGCCCUGCAAACGCUCGGGAGCGAACAGAGAGGGUUCUUCAACGUGCUAUACCUCAAUCCGGGGUACUAUGAGGACUAAGAAGGAAUACGAAGACGAAUAGACCAGUCGGGGCGCAAUUUAAGGGAUAAGCUAAACGUCAUAAGUUUCAUAUUGUCAAAACUAACAAAGGCCUUUCGUUCAUCAAAAUUAUGCAUGUUUUUGUAGAUUUUAUUUUAAUUUUUACCAAUAAAGUUUAUGCGGUUAAA